AUGUCAUCAAGAUGGGACGAGUUACCCAUCAGUGAACAAGAACAAAAAUACCAAGCUUCCACAACAACCACAUUACCAAUUGCAUCGAGUUCAGCGGCUAUAAAUUCAAUCAGAAGAAAUCUCGGCUCACUAAUUCGACAAGAGAUCUCCGAUGAUCAGACGAUUUGUUACUACAAAAAUCUGCACGGUGAUGGAUCGAUUCCCUAUUUGUGUGAGCUGGGUUGUUGCCCAAGUGGAUGUUGUACACCUGAAGAUUUGACAUCUCAAGCGAAUGGUUAUGGUUGGGCAAUUGGUCUCCUCGUCGCUUUCAUUCUUCUCGUUCUUUUUGCCACUGCUGCCCUCUUUGCCUUGUGGAUGCUCAAUCGACAUAAGGAGAAAAUUCAGAAAAGAGAACUUCAAGCCUCCUCAGCUGACAGUUCUGCAGCAUCACAGAUCAGCGGCCCCACUUCGUACUACUCUCCCGAGACUUAUUUCCCAUAUACUUAUUAUGAAAGUAAAUAU